AUGGGGGCCGGGGGCGGCGGGCGCCGCACUCGCUGAGGCCCGACGCAGGGCCGGGCGCGCCCAGGGCCGGAGCGCAGCGGCCGGAGCGCCCGGAGGCCACGCCGGGGCCACGCGCGACGAGCAGGCGGCGGCGGCGGCGGCUGCAGGCCUUCCAGUUGGGAACCUCUGAGGACGCGUGCUCCCGCGGACCCUGCUGACUCCGGGCCUCGGUUCUGACGUCGCUCGCGGGCCGGGGAUGCGUCUGAGGACAGGCCCCUGCGUUUGCGGGUUCACGUGUCCAGUUCAUUCCACACCCUUCCCGAAAGACGGCCGUUCUCAGCGAAGGACCCUGCACGCGCUACUGAGCUGUGGCCAUGGGCCUGCUCGCCUUCCUGAAGACCCAGUUCGUCGUGCACCUCCUCGUCGGCUUCGUCUUCGUGGUGAGUGGGCUGAUCAUCAACUCCGUCCAGCUCUGCACGCUCGUCCUCUGGCCUGUGAACAAGCAGCUGUACCGCCGGCUGAACUGCCGCCUCGCCUACUCGCUCUGGAGCCGUGAGUAUCGCCCGCGCACGGCGGGGCGGGGUCCUGCGCACGAGCUGGUCAUGCUUCUGGAGUGGUGGUCAGGCACGGAGUGCACCCUGUUCACCGACCAGGCCACGGUGGAGCGCUUCGGGAAGGAGCACGUGGUCAUCAUCCUGAACCACAACUUCGAAAUCGACUUCCUCUGUGGGUGGACCAUGUGUGAGCGCUUUGGCGUGCUGGGGAGUUCCAAAGUGCUGGCCAAGAGGGAGCUGCUCUACGUGCCCCUCAUCGGCUGGACGUGGUACUUCCUGGAGAUCGUGUUCUGCAAACGCAGGUGGGAGGAGGACCGGGACACCGUCAUCGAAGGGCUGCGGCGCCUGGCCGACUACCCCGAGUACAUGUGGUUCCUGCUGUACUGCGAGGGCACGCGCUUCACCGAGAAGAAGCACCGCGUCAGCAUGGAGGUGGCCGCCGCCAAGGGGCUGCCGGCCCUCAAGCACCACCUGCUGCCGCGGACCAAGGGCUUCACCACGGCGGUGCAGUGCCUGCGCGGGACAGUCGCGGCUGUCUACGACGUCACGCUCAACUUCCGAGGAAACAAGAACCCGUCUCUGCUGGGCAUCCUCUACGGGAAGAAGUACGAGGCCGACAUGUGUGUGAGGAGAUUUCCUCUGGAAGAGAUCCCGCUGGAUGAAAAGGAAGCAGCUCAGUGGCUUCAUAAACUGUACCAGGAGAAGGAUGCGCUGCAGGAGACGUAUAACCAAAAGGGCGUGUUCCCUGGGGAGCAGUUCAAACCUGCCCGACGGCCGUGGACACUGCUGAACUUCCUCUUCUGGGCCACGCUCCUGCUGUCGCCUCUCUUCAGUUUCGUCCUGGGCGUCUUUGCCAGUGGAUCGCCCCUCCUGAUCCUGGCGUUCCUGGGGUUUGUCGGGGCAGCUUCCUUUGGAGUCCGCAGACUAAUAGGAGUGACUGAAAUAGAGAAAGGCUCCAGCUAUGGAAACCAAGAAUUUAAGAAAAAGGAAUAAUUAAUGGCUGUGAUUGAACACACAUAACCUGACGGUGGUAUCCAGUUAACUCAAUUAAAAACAGAACAACAACACACAGAGCGGGGGGGAGAAAAAGACACUUAGAAACUAUUUUUCUUAUUAACUGGUGACUAAUACUGACCAAUAAAACUUGAGCCAAGAG